AUGGCUCAAGAAACUUCCAAUGACUCCAUCAGAAUGGUCCUAAUCGGACCACCAGGUGCCGGUAAAGGUACCCAGGCACCAAACUUGGUGGAAAGAUUCCACGCGGCUCACUUGGCUACCGGUGAUAUGUUGAGAUCGCAGGUUGCCAAGGGCACUCCGUUGGGUAUCGAGGCCAAGAAGAUCAUGGACAAAGGUGGUCUGGUCUCUGAUGAGAUUAUGGUCAACAUGAUCAAGGACGAAUUGUUGAACAACGAGGCAUGCAAGAACGGUUUUAUCCUGGACGGGUUCCCAAGGACUAUCCCACAGGCCGAGAAGCUAGACCAAAUGCUUGCUGAACAGGGCAGACCUCUGCAGAAGGCCGUGGAAUUGCAAGUCGACGACGAGCUGUUGGUUGCCAGAAUCACCGGUAGAUUGGUUCACCCACCAUCCGGUAGGUCUUACCACAAGCUCUUCAACCCACCAAAGAAGGACAUGAUUGACGAUGAGACCGGAGAGCCAUUGGUCCAAAGAUCAGACGACAACGCUGACGCUUUGAAGAAAAGAUUACAAGCCUACCACGAGCAAACCGAGCCAAUUGUCGGUUUCUACAAGAAAACCGGCAUCUGGUCCGGUGUCGAUGCCUCUCAGCCCCCCGCCACCGUGUGGCAAUCAAUCCUGAAAGCCUUGGGUAGGAACUGA